CGACCAUUAGUGCGCUUGCCUUCAUACAAAAUCCUUGGCCCGAUUCUGGCCUGCUAAUUGCCUGCCCUUCUCCUUGAACACUCUCACCUCGUCGCCAUCAUCGCCUACCUCUUCUCGCCUUGGACGCCCCUGCACAGCGCGUGAUGCCCCUCAACGCCUAGUAACCCAAAACGCGACCCGCUUCUACAUCUUCUCGCUAGCCUCCAUUCAACACGCGACUGAGGACGAUGCCCGUUGCUUCAAGCAGUCGCCUCCCUUCUGAGGCGGCAUACACGAUGCAGAAGCAUCACCAACUUCCUUCGGCGGGGACUGCGCUCCAGGUGCCGGAUGUCGCAUCGAGGGGUGAUGCCAAGCUUCAACUAGCACGGAGUCAAUUGCGACCAGUCUCUUUCUCGUCAGCAAUGACGAGCCAUUCCACAUCAUCUUCAAUAGCGUCGGCCCAGACAUCGAGCUCGGGCGCCAGCUCAGAAACCAUUGGUCCCCUAGACAUUGGCGCUACACCGCCGCGUCCGCCUCGACCGACUGCGAGGAGGAUGCAAACGACUCCAGCUACCUAUACGUCCCCUCGAGGCAGCGGCAGUCAGGCUUCUCACGGGGCUUCAGCCAUUACAGAGGAGGACGAAAGAGAUGUCAGCGAGGAGGGCACAGACGAGGAACCCACACCUGAAGAGCACGUCGUAGCUCUGCACGACUUUACGUCGAGCAACGAGACCUGCCUUUCCUUCAGGGCUGGCGAGGUCAUUCGGGUCUUCAAUCGAGACUCGUCGGGCUGGUGGGACGGAGAGCUCGAUGGCGAGCGAGGGUGGUUCCCGAGUAAUUACGUAGACGAGGAAGGCAUGGCAAUCGGCAGCCCAGACUCUGCCGCCCACUCCGAGCUUUCGCCCGACAAUAGCUUUGGCGAGAGCGAAAGCUACCACGUCGCCCCGGCGUCGCAUGAGUCGGGCUACCGUGUCUUUGGUCUACGGCGCAGCAACAGCGGAAGCAGUAGCGCGGGUGCUUCCACCAUCCGUCGCCCUCAUGCUUCGACGUUCGUGGAUCCGUAUCGCAGCGGCAGCGGCUUGGGUAUCCUCGAGCCCAUCCAGCAUUCCAUUGCCCUCCUCCAAAACGCAGUCAAGGCCGUCAGAUGGGCGCACUUUCAGCCAGCCACCGCCUGCGUCAUCUCCUCUGUGCGCUCGGUGCUUUCGGCAACUGACUGCCUCACGCGCGAGUCGGAGACGCUUAAGGCUCAUCCAGUCCUGGCUAGAGAAAGAAAGCAGGUUCUCUCUGAGCUCAGUAGGCUGGUCACCCAAUCGCGGCGUGCAUCUGCCGUCGCUGCGGAUGCAGAUCCGUCCCCGCAAGAUAUGCAGGACAUGCUACGCCAUGCCAGCAACGUCAUGAACAACAGCAAGCGCUUCAUCGCUGUCGCCUCAGAAUGCGGCGUUCAUGUCCCUGACGGUCCAGACUCAACACCCGAGGAGAGAGCCGAGUCAGACAAGACGCCUACGCCUGGCUCAGUUCGGUCUUCAUUUGUCACCGCUCGCACCUCGACAAAUACCAACAGAAGAAGUCUUGGCUUGGGCUCAAACGUUGGCGGCUCGAGCAAUGGAAGCCACAGCGCUAAGGGCGGGCGAUCGCCUCUUCUGAGCGCACAUGAACCGCCUGUACCGUCCGCUGCUGGGCCCUCUCUUUCACCUGGCGCGAAGCCCUCCGAUCGCUGGCUUGGCCCGCCAGAAGACGGUCGUAAGCGAGCAGAUUCAACAGCCAGCACUGCCGAGAGCACCGCUACGGACAACGAGACGGCUUCUGCGUCGCUUCGCUCGAGGAACUAUUCGACUGCUGAGUCACUGUCGGACGAGAGCCAGGAGCAACAUUCGACGGUACACACGCGAGAGGAGGUGCUGGACAGACUCAAGCGUGCACACGAGCACCUGUUGUCCAUCGUCGCUGCCGUUGUCGGCCAUACGCACGGUCACGCGCGCGACUCCCAUGCCGCGAGCGCCGCCUUCCUCAUCGACGUUACGCGAGAAGCCGUUGACAGCGUGCGCAAUCUCCUCAUCGUUGUCGAGCCCGUUUGCGACACCAACACGCUGAGCUCACUAUGGCCGCGGGAAGUGUCGAUCCUCUCGGACGCCAAGGACAGUCUGUACGAGGCGACCUCUGCGCUCGUCACUGCGGCCAGAAUCCUUACAUCGCGAUCCACCUCGGCUUCAGGGCCCGGUGCCUCCCCAACAAUCGGCAGCGAAGACGAGGAGAAGAGCAAGCUCCUGGCCGCCGCCACUGGGCUGUUGCGCACCGGCCAAGAAUGCGUUGGCGCUGUCAGAAUGUGUCUCAGCAAGGCAGAGCCGUCGCUUCAAAUCAGCAUGCCGAUGCCGAGCAAGGCAGGGGCUGCGAGAGAUGCACGAGCAGCCGCUGGAGAGCGACAGGAGGAGGAGGAGCUCGAAGAGUUGGAAGAGAGGGCUGUGCAAGAGGGACUUAGGAAUGGGCAGCCGAUGCCACCGGCGACGAUCCGCAAGGGCAGGAACACUCUCUCGUUCCUCGGCCGCAAAGCCACGAGCUUGAGCUGCCUGCGACAGAAGUACGAGCAAGAUGCCAUGGCCCAGAGCGAGUCCGCAGAGACGAGCGAGAACGAGGAUGCACAUUGGGACUCGAAUCAUCGCCGUCCGCCACUUCCUCAUCACGCUCUUACAGAGCCGCCGACCAGUGUACCGAUGCAGAGCGAUCUCAGCGGCGAGACCAGCGACGCCAGCGAUGCUGCGUCUCGCCAACAUUCGCGAACGUCAGGCUCCACCAUGCAUUCGCUGCACUCGAGCCAGACGAGCUUGACCACCGCGGACAACUCAUCGCAGGUCCAUGGCUCCGCUGGCUCCGCCAAGAUGGACCGCAGGGGCACCGAUGCAAGCAGCCGCAGCGCUCCUUUCUACGACGACAGGGCGCAGACGACUCCCACUGCGUCAGCGGCGAUCAACUCGAAUGGCGGCGUCAUGCUCGCGAAUAGGCGAACCUCCAUCGAGAGCCUCAUCAGUGCUCCCUCGUACGAGCCAGAAGACGUGUGCUUUAAUACCGAUGGUCAAGUCACCGGAGCCACACUUCCUGCCCUCGUCGAGAAGCUCACGCCUCACGACACUAUGGUCAAUGCCGGUUUCGCAAACGCCUUUUUCCUCUGCUUCCGCUUCUUCACGACGCCUCUUGACCUCUUCGACGCGCUCGUGGCUCGGUUCAGCAUGCCUACUCCUCCUGAGAUUGAGUCUCAUCCUGAGGCCAUGACUCGUUGGGUCAGCAGCAAGGUCAUGCCCGUGAGGCUGAGGGUGCUCAACUUUUUCAAGACUUGGCUCGGGCUUCACUGGCAUGCUUCGACGGACAGGACUAUCCUAGAACCGCUGAAUGACUUCAUCUCCUCGUCUGUCACGCACGCACUGCAGCGCAGUGGGCAGCGCUUGGCUGAGCUCGUUGAGCGACGUCAGACAUUGACGGACUCGACAAAGACGACGGCGCUGCAGGCCGGUGCAACCAGGGGUCCCGGAAGCCUCAAGCGUCUUGUCGGUCUCGACCCGGCAUUCCAACCUGGCCUCAUCGAUAUCUCCGCCAUGUACCUACCAUCGACCUUUGCCACAUCCAAGGGCACUGGCCCAGCCCCGCCCGCUCCCGUGGUCAACAAAUCGCUCAUGGCCUCACUGCGUGCGAUGAGCCCCGACGGCAGCAGCGCCCCUAGUGUACUCGACUUUGAUCCCUUGGAGCUAGCACGUCAGCUCACCAUCAUGGAGAGCAAGAUUUUCUGCUGCAUCCUGCCAGACGAGCUGCUAGCCCGCGUCACCUGCAAGAAGGGCAGCUGCCUCCCGCCCACCGCCUCGACGGGCACGCAUAUCAAGCAGAUGAGCGCUCUCACGACGCACAUUACCGGCUGGAUCACCGAGUCGAUCCUCAGCGAGGAGGAUCCCAAGCGACGCGCACAGCUACUCAAAUUCUUCAUCAAACUCGGCGACCGCUGUCUGGCUUUGCAGAAUUACAACGCCCUCUUCGCGAUCCAGGGCGCCCUACAAGCUUCGACCAUCUCCCGUCUCCGCAAAACGUGGAACUUCCUCUCUGCCAAAUACGUCAACCUGGCAGAGCAACAGCGCCAUGUCAUUGAGCACACGCGCAACUUUGCCACCUAUCGAUCAAGAGUGCGAAGCGCCCUCUGCCCUGCAUUGCCCUUCCUGGGACUCUUCCUCACCGACUUGACCUUCUGCGACGAGGGCAACGCGGACACGCGGCCUAGCCCAUUGGCGAGGGGUGGUAAGCCGCACCACCUGGUCAAUUUCGACAAGUACGCCAAGCUGAGCAGGAUCGUGGCGGAGGUGCAGCGCUUCCAGAGUCCCUACAGCUUGGUCGAGGUGCCAGAGGUACAGGUCUGGCUAGAGCGCGUGGCAUUGGUCAAGGGCAAGAAGACCUCCGGCCCGGAGGACUUGUACAGGCGCAGUCUGUGGCUUGAGCCUCGCGCUGCCACGUCUACCACGUUGGGAGUGGCGACAUUGGGUGCGUCAGCAGGGAUCGCAGCGGCAGCGGCGGCUGGAGGAGCAGCGAACGGUGGUAGCUCGCCAUCAGAGGGCGGAUCGAUGGCGAACGGUACAAACGCGGGUGCAGCGACGGUCAACGGCGGCGGUACAGGGGGCGGCUCGAAGGGCUUGCAGAGCCUUGACCUCUUCAACUGGGCAGAGGGAAGGCGGAGGUGAGGAACGAAGGCGUGGAUAGAUGGCGAUAGGGAGCAGCAUGCAACAGCGGGGCAGUCGCUCUGCUGCGGCCAUCAUCUAGCCCCUCGAUCGGUUGGAGGUGGAGAGCAUUAGAUGGAGAGCUGAGUGGUUGCCUUCUCGUCUAUCCUCGUCAUUGUCAUUAUCACUUUGUUUUCUUCGCGGGCUCCUCCGCAGGGUCGGCCUUUCAUGUCCCUUUGACGUCGAAGAUUAUUCUAAUGCCUUUUGAAGCUCGUCCCGACGAAGCGUGAAGACGAUGGCAAGACGAUGCUGA